GGCUUAUCACAGGUAUACAUGCUAGUCGUGGGGCUUGGAACAUGCAGUGUGUGAAUGGUCGUGAUCAUGAACGUGUCAGAAAAGUCCAGCUUUAAAGGUGACGCUGCAAACAUCAGCACAAUCCUCUUUGACCUUGAUAAUACGUUGAUUUAUACAACCGAAGGCGACGACUGCACUUGUAACACGGUGGCAACAUGGCUUCAAAACAAAGGAUUUUCAACGGAAGAAAGCCAGGACAUAACCAAGACUUUUCUCAGGGAGUUUCGACAAGCACCGGCGCCCGAUUUCGAAACAGAUGAAGCCGGACUCGACAAAUGGCGGCAGGAUAUCUGGGCGCGGGUUUUACCAGAGGAUCGCCAUGAAAUCUUAGAUGAACUGUACUCGUUAUGGAAGUCGGAGAGGCUAAACCAGCUGUCUCUGAAGCCUAAUGUAACCAGUAUGCUUGACGAACUAGCGACUGACUUCAAUCUUGGACUGAUCACCAAUGGCCCAUCUGUUGCUCAGUGGGAAAAGAUUAACGAAAUUGGCUGCAAGAAGUAUUUCGAUUCCAUCAUCGUCAGUGGAGACCUCGAAGUUGAGAAGCCAGAUAAGGAUAUAUAUUAUCUGGCGUGUGGAGAACUGCAGGUCCGUCCCUCUGAAUGCAUCAUGGUCGGCGACAAACUGGAGACCGAUAUCCUAGGAGGCCUGAACGCCGGCCUGGCAGCCACAGUCUGGGUGAACAGCAAGAACAAGGAAGCGACGAAGGAGGUCCAACCGGCCUUCACCAUAGACACCGUGACGCAGCUCCCCCAGAUCCUGCCUAACCUGACUACGAUUCUCCAAACGGAGGAUCAAACCCACGGUUGCGACUGAUGAUGCGAUGCGAGCGAUAGGCUUUUGUUUUCAUAGGGAGAGUCCGGUGUUAGUGAUUUAGGAUGGCGUUUAUUGAUUUCGAUUUGAAUUACAUUGCCGUGCGCACGGGUAGAGUGGGCUUGUUGCUGAAUCAUGCACCAAGGACACUUUUCUGCAUAUCACGGUAGAGACGCACGCACGUACACACACACACACACACACACACACACACACACACACACACACACACACACACACACACACACACAUACACACACACACACACACAAAUACACAGACACACAUACACAGCAUUGUCACACUGACGUCACAUCCAGGUCACGUGGUGGCUAGUUGGCAAGAACAAAUCUAACUCGUUGAUAGGUCUACGCAUGCGAUAGCUGGACAUUGAGUAUACUUUUAUUGAAAGUUAUUUUAUUUUUAGUUUUCUUCGCUGUAAAAGUGGCUAGGGUUGCCACCAGCUGGACUCAACGAUUAAGAACAAAUUAUCCUUGAAAAUUAUCCUUGAAAAUCACCUUUUGAGGCGCUGUAAUCAAGAAAUUUUAAUAUUGGAUUUUAUAACAGGUAGGCUGAUUUAUCAAGAUAAUUUUUAAUAUAUCAAUUUAUUUGCAAUGCUUAUGCUAUCUUUUGGUGGAUAUUAAUGGCCGAACUUUUCAUAAGAAAGACUAUGCAAAGAUUGGGUCAGAAUUAUUCCUUACCUUCAGUGUUACUUCCAUAUGACCCAGGCAACCAUUUCGUUAUUUUGUUGUAGUAUCUCUCUAUAUUCUCCCCCCCCCCCCCUCCAAAAAUGCUCAGAUCUAACGCGUUUAGAAUACGUGUCAGCAAUCCUACCCGUAUUUACCAUUCAUUUUUUUAAUUCCUUGGUUGGCAACUACACGCAUGCGCCAAAGUGACGUUAGUGUUUACAGACAUAGAAAAUGGGCAUAGACUCACACAUCUAUAUUCACACACACCGGAAUAUAUAUAUAUUUUACAAGUCAUAACUACACAGUGAUGGCGUACAUUAUACUUACAAAGGAAACCCCCUAUGCAAACUGAUCAUGUCCGGAGAAUCAGUUACAUAUAAGUGCCUUCAUAGAUAUUCAAAGGGGCAGAGAUACUAAACUUCCUAAACAUUUACAUUUCUAACUCAUACUGAAAUCUCAGAAUUACCGACAGUUCCCUUCAGAUUGUAUUCACGUCUCCCCACUGCCUUUGGUUUCCCACAUCAAGAACUUUUACUUAUUCAAGGAAUUUUACCAUGUCUUUGCAUUCACUCUCUCUCGCCAUUGAGUCUUCAGUCCCUUCUCUUAUUAGCGUGUUUAUCGCUCCACCUCAUCUUCUCGCUACAGUUCUUGCAUUAUGGUUUUGUGGGCGAGAUUACUCUCAUGUAUUAAGAAGCAAGAGACAUGUCGAAGAGAGAAAACUAAAGGGAAAAAAUGAGAAACAAAAGCGUGGUCUACAUUCCUUUGGGAUCAAAGACGAAAAGCAAGAUUUUUUUUUUAAUAUGUCGGUAUUUUGUAAUGGAAUAUUUUUGCUUAAUGGACUGGAAUCGUGUGGGAACAAGAUCGUGAAUAAAAGUACGACAAAAAAGAAAUUUAUAUUUUGAAGUAUAAUUUCUACAUCAUAAAAGGCAAACAUGAUUAAUAUAAAAUAGAGUUAGUUGGCCUAUAAACAAAAAUAAAGAAGUGAUGAUUAUGGUGCUAUUUGUGAAAUACAAAACCACGAAAGUCCUUAGAGAUCAAUGUCAUUGACGAAAAAAUCGCGUAAUAAUUCAUAACCAUUAAAAAUUGUUCUGAUUAAUUGGUGCGAAAACAUGUGCUCGAAAUUCGACCCUCACACAUCUUGCUCUCAGCAGGAUACGUAAGGCUUUUCCAGCACCGAAUGAUAUGAACAGUAAGGCUAGGAUUACACGAGUUGGAAAUCGACUUUGCUGUACUCUGGGAGGCAUAAAUGAGCCUUUUAAAUAAGUUUGGAGUGACAGGUACAGUGACGGAGUUUUUGGAGUGACAGGUACAGUGACGAACAAAAGUCUUAAUCAAUUGAAGCUUUGAAUCUGUCUUACUCUAUACAAAAGAGUGUGAUAUUGAGCCUAUGUUCGAAACGGAAUUCGAAACAUUUGACAAGACUUUUGACCGUGACUGUAUUCGGGGAGGCAAAAACAACGUCCUUCUGUAGCCAUUAAGCCGUUAAUGGUCAAUUCCCAACCUCGAGUGCUUGACAGUAGGUAAUUAGGCACUUGGUAAUUCACUGUCAUGUGUGCUUUGGUAGGGUUAACUUGAAGAAUGUCAUGUAGAGUGUAAAUAGAAAUGUAUUAUUUUUAGCGUGCAAAAUACUCACGUACAGAUAAUAAAAGAAUGAUGAAUUUA